AUGAAACAAACAAACAAAUUGUCUACAGUUUUAUUCCCUCGACAUCUUACAUCACAAACAUCUCCACGUACAAUUAAUCUUAUUCAUACAUUACGUAAUUAUUUACAUUAUCAUAUUAAAUGUUCAAAAGGUUAUAUACAUCGUAGAAUGAGAGGUAAAACAUUAGAAUUUAUAAAAAUAUUAAAUCGUGCUAGACCACAAUAUUAUUAUUAUUAUUAUUAUUAUUAUUCAAAUAAUCCUGUUAUUCAAACUGAUCAUAUUGGAAUAAAUAGAUCAAAUUUGUCUAGUUCAUUUUUUAUGAAUAAUGUAAUACAUAGAAAUGGUGAAAAUGAUAUUUAUGAUAAUGAUGUCAAUGGAAGUAUAUCAACAGUUUCAAUAUCAUCAUCAUUUGAUCAAGAACAAACAUCGAUUGUAAAUCAACAUAUAUCUUAUAAACUUCCUCAAUCUUCAGAUUUAAUGCUUAAUAAUGGUUAUAUAUAG